AUGCGUUUCUCUACUCUCGCUUCUAUUACUACCCUUUUGGCUUCUGCCUCAAAGGUUGCUGCUCUUGGUGAGCUAGCUUUCAACAUCGGUGUCAAGAACAAUGACGGUACUUGUAAAUCUACCUCUGAUUAUGAAACUGAACUUCAAGUAUUGAAGAGCUAUACUUCUACUAUCAAGGUUUAUGCUGCCUCUGAUUGUAACACUUUACAAAACUUAGGUCCUGCUGCUGAAGCUGAAGGUUUCUCUGUCUUUGUUGGUGUCUGGCCAAAUGAUGACGCUCAUUUCCAAGCUGAACAAGAUGCUUUAACUGCAUACUUACCAAAGAUUAAGACCGAUACCGUUGCUGGUUUCUUAGUUGGUUCUGAAGCUCUAUAUCGUGAUGAUUUAACUGCUUCUCAAUUAGCUGAUAAGAUUAAUACUAUCCGUACUUUGAUCGGUGGUAUUAGUGACUCUGAAGGUCAAUCUUAUUCUGGUAAACAAGUUGGUACUGUUGAUUCAUGGAAUGUUUUAGUUGCUGGUUACAAUUCUGCUGUUAUUGAAGCUUCUGAUUUCGUCAUGGCUAAUGCCUUCUCUUACUGGCAAGGUCAAACCAUGAACAACGCUUCUUACUCUUUCUUCGAUGAUAUCAUGCAAGCUCUACAAACUAUUCAAACUACAAAGGGUUCUACUGAUAUCACUUUCUGGGUUGGUGAAACUGGUUGGCCAACCGAUGGUACCAACUUUGAAUCUGCUUACCCAUCUGUUGAUAACGCUAAGCAAUUCUGGAAAGAAGGUAUCUGUGCCAUGAGAGCUUGGGGUGUUAACGUCAUUGUCUUUGAAGCUUUCGAUGAAGAUUGGAAGCCAAACACUUCCGGUACUUCCGAUGUUGAGAAGCACUGGGGUGUCUGGACUUCAAGUAACACUUUGAAAUAUUCUUUAGAUUGUGACUUUUCUAACUAG